GAGCAAGACAGAUUUACUUGCAAUUCUCGGCUGGUGUCAUUCCACCGGAUGGAGGCCAGGUGAUGUCAGCUUGAGGGCAGCCUCUAGAUGGAUUUCGCCGAUUUGCAGCUCCAGCUGGAUUGCCUUGGGGACGAGUUGAAGCAGGAAUCCUGGGCUGUCCAACAGGAUGGCUCCCUCAGACACUGUCUGACCAACAUUGUCAUUGGUGAGGGCGGCUUGCGGGACGGGGUGGGACAGAUUGAGGUGGACCAAACAAACUUGCUUGGCCGCGGAGCCGGAGGAGUUGUGUGCCGUGCAGUCCACAAGCCGACAGGCAUGCCGCUGGCCGUCAAGGUUGUUCGCGUGGAGGACAAGGCCAAGAGGGAUCAGCUCAUCAAUGAGAUUCACACACUGUUCCGCAUCACCAAGAGUCACUUCCUUAUCGAGCUCUAUGAUGCGUACGUUCACAAGGAAUCUGGCUGCGUGCAUGUCGCGUUGGAGUACAUGGACGUUGGAAGUUUGGCCGACGUUAAGCGGCGCGUCGAAACAGUGCCAGAGAGCCUUUUGGCCUUGAUUCUGAUGCAGAUAUUGGAGGGCUUGAAAACCUUGCACCUCAGCAAUGUCAUCCACCGGGACGUGAAGCUUGGAAACAUCCUUGUGAACUCGCGAGGAGCUGUCAAGGUCACGGACUUCGGCAUAUCCAAGAACCUGGGUGACUCCUUGACGGUGUGCGACACUUUCGUUGGCACUGCCACUCAUAUGUCACCGGAAAGAGUACUUGGGGAGGAUUACGGCUUUGCUGCAGACAUUUGGAGCUUGGGUCUUUGCGUCUACGAGCUGGCCUGCGGUGUGUAUCCGUAUGGCAGCGUGGCGUCGUUCCCCGUCCUUUUUGACAACCUAUGUCAUAGGCCGGAACCUCGGCUCUCCGAGGAGAAGUUCUCACCGGAGCUGUGCUACUUUGUGGAAGCUCAAUUGCAAAAGAGACCUGAGUUGCGCUUCAGCGCCAUCGAGCUGCAGGCAUCCGAUUUCAUCCUUGGAAAUCUGCCCAAAGUCAGCGAGGCAGCUCUGAUCCGAUGGCUGGCCAAAGCAAUGGACAACGAUCCAUGAG